GUUUCCGAUGGAUUUUUUUAAUUCAGUUUGAAUUAAAUCUCACAAGGAAACCUUUCGAAGUAAUUCACCACUUUUGAGUUGAUAUUUUGGGCAUAUAUAGGGAACACCUCGACUAUAAUAACUCUAAAAGGAUUGGGAUCCAUGGCCUUCCUGUCUUGAGAUAUUGAAUUUUCAAGUUCCUGGAUAAUACAGUGAUUUUGACCAUGUAUCAUUAUAUCAUAAAACAAACGAAAACGUACUAUAAGCUAAAACUUUUCUGAUGAAUAUAUUUCAGCAAUGUGGUCUAAACCAAUCUAACGAAUUAUUUUCGAACUUAUGGUGCCGCGUAGAUAAAUACUAAGUAGAGUGUGGGUGAUGGUGAGAAGAAAUCUUAGCACAUCGCCAACACCCAGUCUCUCAUAUAAAAAUUUACUAUUGUUUAAUAAAGCUUAAUGAUAAAGUAUUUUGUCAUAAAAAAUUACACAAUUUUUUAAAUCCGUGGCUCUUGAUAAAUUCGACUCAAUUUCAAACAAGCAUAUUAUGGCAUUUUCAUUUGACAGUGAUCAAAAUCUUUACAAACACUUGAAUCUCGUAGUAAGUAAUUGAAAAUGACUUAUAAGUAAAACACUAAUUUUUUUUUUAUUGAAUUCAACGUGCAACUGUUGUUGAACAAGAUCUUUGUCAAUUAAUCGAACAAUUGAAAUUUUUCCAAUAGUAGUUUUUCUUUUAAAAUAUCAAGAUUUCAUCUUUUAAUAUAAUUUUGUAGUUGUUAUUCUAAAAUGAUUGUACUUCAAACAUGAAUAUAUUAAAAAAUAAUUUGUUCUCAUUUGAUAUUAAAAAAAAAUAUUUUCUAUAUAAUCGUUUUCUAAUGCAAUUGACACUUUCUGAGGACGAGAUUAAUCUUAAAAACAAAUGAAAUAUUCUGAAACUCUCAAAUAAUCUACUCUUUUGUCAUAGAAUGCAUGAGAACUUUAUGUAUAUAGUAGUGUUAUAUUAUAUUUUCAAUAACACAUCUAUUGUCUCAGCUAGCAUGCAAGUUAUAACUGUAUCAUAUGAGAUAUAUGAAACCCGAUUAUGAGUUAAAUCAAAUCUAAAUAUAACGUUAUAUACAUAUUACGAUUUUAAAACUUUUGGAGAUAUCGUUUCGACUAUUAAAAAUAUGAUUAUAUCCACUGCAUAGAGCUCAAUGAGUUAAACUUGAAACUAGAAUAGGAACUUAAGAAUACAUUCCUGGAUGAAUCACCAACGAUAUAACUCAAAUCAGCUAUUAACUUUACCGAUGUAUAUUUUUUCAUGCGAAUACACAUCAUGUAUUAUUCUUUCUUUUAUCGACUAUGCACGUGUUUACAAGGUGAAUAAUGGUUUUCUCUAUUAUUCUCGCUAUUGCUCUCAUUCAUUCAUCCAUUUUUCAAAACGACAAAGUAUGUCAUCAACUGUAGCACACGAUUUAGAGAACAAAAUUGUCGACUGACUCAAUAAGCAUGAAAACAAAAUUGAGCUUCAAAUUUCUGAAGGUUCACUUCAUCAACUUACACCAACGAUUUACACGUAUUCAAGUCCUGGAACAUCUAUAAGUAUUGGCUUCAAAAACCCACUUCAGCAAGACACGGUUAACCUUGAAGAAUUACAACGAAAUUUCAACUACGUUGCACUCGAUAAGCUUCCAUUAUUCGGUUUAGAUGUUCCAUCAAACUGGGAAGUUUAUCCACAAACACCCGUAUCAUCUUUUGACGAAGGUGUUCAUAUCAGUGCAUAUGAAAAUGGUCGAUUACGUAUGAUUAUAUCUACAUGUUUCUUUGCCAUCUAUGGUCGUCAAAUGCAGAAACAUCCUAUUAUGGACAAAGCAGCAGAUGAAGGCACGUAUGUGCAAGUGCGACGAGAUAUUAAAGGCAUCAUCAAACUGGAUCUGCCAAUUGUUAUCGAAUAG